GGGCGCUGGAAGGAGCCAGAAUCGCUCCCUGACGCGCUAGGUGAGGCCCGCGGGCGCCCCCUGGUCCGCCUCGAUGCCAAGCCCGUCCUUCAUGAAGGCUCGCUUUCGUUUGGCUGCCCGAGGGCAAGCCGUUGAGUGAAGGCUCCGAGCAGCCAUUCCCCGGCGCGUUCUUUCCUCUCCCGCCCUCGGCUCAUUUUAAUUCACUCGGAAAAGAAUGAGAAAGCGGGGAGGAGGAGCUCCCUCCGCGUGCCCGGGAAGAGGAGGAGGAGGAGGAGGGCCGGUUGUAAAAAAAGCGAGGGCGCUUGCCGUGUUUCCAGGUCGUUGCGGCGACAACUACUGUACAUCGUUUCCUUCUCCCGAGACCAUCCACCUCAGCAGCCGGAGACUCCGGGGCGCUUUCCAUUUCUUCGUCCCUCCAUCGGCCACCUUUUCUUAAUUGACCCUCGUUGUCCACAUCGGCUCUCGGUGCCGCCGACACCACGUUUUCAUUGAAUAACUUCUCCGGAUUCGAGGUUACGGGCCGGGGAAGAAGAUGGCUUGCAAAAGUUUUCUUGGGUUUGGACAACAGUUGUUUCGGAGGAAAGUGGUGGACUGCGCAACAGAAAACAGCCGGCUUUCACGGUGCCUCAACACAUUUGACUUGGUUGCUCUUGGUGUAGGCAGCACCCUCGGGGCAGGAGUUUAUGUCCUGGCUGGGGCAGUGGCUCGAGAGAACUCAGGACCUGCCAUCGUGAUCUCCUUUUUGAUUGCAGCUCUUGCUUCUGUGCUGGCUGGACUUUGCUAUGGGGAAUUUGGUGCUAGAGUUCCAAAGACUGGAUCAGCUUAUCUCUAUAGUUAUGUAACUGUUGGUGAGCUAUGGGCGUUCAUCACUGGUUGGAAUCUAAUUCUUUCCUACGUCAUUGGAACAUCGAGUGUUGCCAGAGCAUGGAGUGCAACGUUUGAUGAACUUAUUGGCAGACACAUUGAGAAAUUUUUUCAAGAGUACAUGUCUAUGAAUGCUCCUGGUAUCUUGGCAAAAUAUCCAGAUGUCUUUGCUGUUGUCAUUAUUUUGAUCUUGACAGGACUUUUAACAUUUGGCGUGAAAGAAUCUGCAUUGGUUAACAAAGUGUUCACUUGCAUCAAUGUUCUCGUCUUGCUCUUUGUGAUGGUAUCUGGUUUUGUGAAGGGAUCCUUGAAAAACUGGCACAUUCCGGGGAAUAUCUCACUUGUGAACAAUGUCACCCAGGAACAAAUUGGUGUUGGUGGGUUUAUGCCCUUUGGUUUCUCUGGCGUUCUCUCAGGAGCAGCAACAUGCUUUUAUGCAUUUGUAGGAUUUGACUGCAUUGCCACUACAGGUGAGGAAGUGAAAAAUCCACAGAAAGCCAUUCCAAUUGGAAUUGUGGCAUCGCUUCUCAUUUGCUUUGUUGCAUACUUUGGUGUGUCUGCUGCUCUUACCCUCAUGAUGCCUUACUACUUGCUAGACAGAAACAGCCCACUGCCGGUUGCUUUUAAGCAUGUGGGAUGGGAUGGUGCCAACUAUGCAGUGGCUGUUGGUUCCCUUUGUGCUCUUUCAACAAGUCUGCUUGGAUCCAUGUUUCCAAUGCCUCGAGUUAUUUACGCCAUGGCAGAAGAUGGACUACUGUUCAAGUUUUUGUCUCAUGUUAAUGAGAGGACAAAGACUCCAAUGAUUGCUACACUAACCUCAGGUGUUGUUGCAGCUGUCAUGGCCUUUCUCUUGGACCUGAAGGAUCUUGUGGAUCUUAUGUCCAUUGGGACACUUCUGGCUUACUCUUUGGUGGCUGCCUGUGUGCUGGUACUGAGGUACCAGCCUGAGCAGCCUAACCUGGCAUACCAGAUGGCUAGUACAACUGAUGAAGUGGACAACAAUGAAUCUGUGAGCACAAGUGAAUCGCAGACUGCAUUUCUACCUGAAGAGGAGGAGAAGUACUCCCUGAAAGCUGUUAUCUUCCCACAAAAUACUGAUCCUUCCAAACUCUCUGGGUUUAUUGUGAAUGUUUCCUCUUUUAUCAUAGGUUUUCUUAUCGUCACCUUCUGCAGCUUGACUGUCCUUGGCAAAGAAGCUCUGAUAAAUGGGAAAACGUGGGCCAUUACUUUGCUUGUUAUAGUUUUCGUCCUUUGUUUAGUUUUCAUAGUGAUUAUUUGGAGACAACCUGAAAGCAAAACCAAGCUCUCAUUUAAGGUCCCCUUUCUUCCCGUCCUUCCAGUCUUGAGCAUCUUUGUGAAUAUGUAUCUUAUGAUGCAGCUAGAUGGUGGUACCUGGAUACGGUUUGCCAUCUGGAUGUUAAUAGGUAUGAUUAUUUAUUUUGCCUACGGCGUAUGGAAUAGUGUGGAGGCCUCUUACACAGCACCAACAGAUACAGAAAGAAGUCCAGACAACAAUAUGGACAGUUGCAAAUGAUGGUUGUGCUAAAGGACAGCUGAGUUUCUGCUGCAGAGAAGGAUGCUUUCCUGUUUGGGACCCUCAAGUAUUUUAUCCCAUAGAACAUCAGGUGGGCUUCCAUGCCCACCACUGCCUCUUGCAGCUUGCUUAUGCAAUUGUGGGGCAACUGUAAGGAAACAGCCAGGCCUCUGGCAUACUCCUGACCAUACUGUUACCUGAUGCCGGCAGCUCACUCCAUCCCCACCCACACUUCUCAUAAGUUACUUUGGAAAGGAAAGUGCUUUUCUGCAUGCCAGUUGACUUCCAGUGCUGCUAUGAGACCAAGCCUUUCAGAGGACCUGCCAUUUAACUCUCUGGCUGCUGUAUUUAAAAAUAUACAUUAGUAUAGAGCAAACUGCAUUGUUUGCCUGCAGAACCACCUGUAAUGCACCACCCAAGCCAAGGUGUUGUUGUGUUAGAAACAAGUCAAAACAUAAACCAUCCCCUGUGCUAUAAAAUGUAUUGCCCUUCCAAGACUUGAUGUGAUUUUAAAGGAGGGAUCGGGGGAUCUUAUUUAACCUUUGUACUUGAUGUAUUUUGUGCAGGUAACUCCUGUGCUUUGAAAUGCAAUAUUGCAGUGAUCUCCUGUAAGGUAGUUAGUGGCUUGCAGACUGAAUAUCUUGCUCCUGUCUGACAAAUGCUUGUUUAGACCCAUAGCAGAGCUUGUGGUUAUAAGAAAAGUUUCUAGCUUAUGGUAUAAUUCUGUGUAGAAAACAAUGUCCUUUAUUCAUCUCCUAUUAGUCAAGGUAUGUGUAUCACUUCUGCAAAAUCAAGAACAACUCUUGUCAAUUGCAUGUUUGGGAUGUUGCAUUCCACCCUGUGGGGUAAUUCUGGCCAGAGUAAGUGCUUUCCAAUCCUUACGUUGCUCAUUUUCACGAUAACCUUGUGAGGUAUAUCAGGGAAAUUCCUUGAAGCUGAGAGAAAGCAAUUGUGUACAAUUGUCCAGUAAAUCUGUUGUAGAAUAGGCUUUGUAUCCUGACUUGCAGAGCCCAACUGAAUGCUGUUUGUCAUAGCUAUGUUUUAAAAAUAAUUUAUUUGAAGCACAUAAUUUGAAGGGAAGGUAGUAUGGAAUUUGGCUUUUCUCUGCUGAUAAGGAACCACCUUUAAUUUAUGUACAGUGAGAGGAUUUGAGACAGGUGCGUGGUCUGUGAAGCAAACCUUCGGUGGAAUGCUUCAGUUUCAAGGGGUUAACAUCAAUAGCCAGGCGUGAGUGCAUGUGAAUUCACCAGGCACCAUGAAUGAGUUCCUGCUGAUAGAUUUGUGAAGCAGUUUUCUGCUGUCAGUCAAGUGGUGUUCUUGUUUAGUACAUGCUUGAGAGUCCAGCUUAGCUGUGCUGAACUCCAAAUAGGAUUUUGUUCCUUUGUGCAGACGUUUCUGGUACAUGCACGUACUAAGUUUGAAGUGAGUCCUCUUAAGCAGCAACGGCUGAUGAGGUAGCUAGUUGUGAUUUUAAUGCCAUCUGUUAGCCGACUAUUCGCAGAUAGAGAGCCAUGUUGUUAUCAAAAUGAGGAUUCCGAAGGAAAGAAAAAACUAACAUCAAAUUCAUACUUUAGAGAGAGAACAAGUUAGAAAGAAAACUAUAUAUAUAUAUAUCUAAAGCCUUCUGGUAAAUAUUGUAGUUUAUUGUUGUUAAUAUUUUUCUUCUGCAUUGUCAGUCUUGUUGAGGACAUGAAUUUAUUAAUUAUGAAUAUUAUUUUUAUUUGGUAUUUAUGUCUAGCUGCUUUAUGUAUUUGGGGCAAAUUGUGUGGAUAAGAGUGGCACUUGGAUGAAAGGGAAAUCUUUUUUUUGUUUGUUUUUUUAAAAGGGUUAUUCCUGAUUUGUGUGAUGUAAUUUAGAGGGGGGAAAGGUUCCUGCCUAAGUAGUUGGAGCAGAUUAUUAUUGGAGGGCAAAUCCAGUGUGUCCUGUAAUUAACUUAAAGCACAACCCAUCUCACAAAGGCAGGUGUGUGAAUGGGAAAAAUGGCAAGGGGAAGACUGGAUCAAACAGUAGCCCACUUGUUCUGAGCACCAGCUAGCUCUCAGUGAGGCAAGGAUAAUGGACCAAUCAGGGUGUUUUAAGUGCUUUAAUUCCAAAAAGGUUUAGCCACCAUGGGUUAUGGGGGUGGUGGUCUAAGACACCUGGGUGGCCAGAAGUUCCUCACGGCUCCCCUUAAACUCCAUUUAUACAUCAUUUUUGCCAUUUUAUCAAAACUCAUUUCAGAGCUUUCUCAUCUAAUUUGCAAGUGGGUCGCAGCAAAAAUAGCAAAGAGUCCUGUGACAUUUUGAAGACUAUCAAGUUUUACUUGGCAUGAACUUUCAUUGACUCCACCUGCUUCAUCUUGUGAAGUGGACUGUAGUUCAUGAAAGCUUGUCAUGAAGCCUAUUAAUCUUCCAGGGUGGCACAAUACUCCGUGUUAUCUUGUCUCAUUUAAUUAAGGCACACGGAAUCCGUGGAGCUGGUUCUCUAGCUCUGGGCCCUGCUUCACCUCAAGGCGGGCUGCCCCACACAUGGCAGAAUUCCUACACAGAGAUCGCUUUCCUGAAGAAAUGUGCAUGAUUUCCAAGCCACCGUGGAUCCUUUUUAGAAGAAAGGGAGGAUAAAAAUAUUUUAAAUAAAUAAAAUAAUUAGGCCUGUGUCUAUUUCCAUUCUCUACUCGUGCUUUUAUAAUUGUGUAGAUUAAUUUCUUAAAUUGUAUUCCCACAUGAAGAGGAAAUGGUAGGCAUCACAGCGACUGCUGUUUCUAGGCUGCUGAUGGAUGGGUGGAUGGAUGUCGAUUACAUCUCCAUUCCAAAUCAAGGGGUUCAUCAUUCCUUCAAAGGCCUGCACAGCAUGGCAUUUCAAGCAUUUUCUCUCUCCUGUUUUCUCCUGCAUGUUGCACAUGGUCAGGGAAGGCAGCUGGAGAAGAGGUGAAGCAGGUGCCAAGAUUCUCAGUUCUGGGGGCCUGUUCCCAAAAAGGCAGUGAUGACAAUUCUGUGCUAUAAAACGUUUCAGAGUUCCAGUUUACACUGUAGUCCUGUAUGCAUCUACUCAGAAGCAAAUCUCAUUAAAUUCAGUCGGGCUGACUUCCAGGCAAAUGCUCAUAGAUUUGUUACACUGGUGUGGUUGUAGUUGUGAAAUGCAAUGUGGUUCACUAUCUUAGAAUUUAGUUUUAUGUCUUGAGACCACACACGGAAGGGCAGUCAUGCAGUAAGUCUUCCCUUUUGGGCAAUCAGCUGUGUGCCUAGGAGUGUACCUGUUUUUGCAGCGAAUGUGAGAAUCCAGCAUGCGAAGGAAAAUCUGAUGGUACAGGUAGGGGGGAAAGAGAUGUUUACACAACUGCUUUUAUGCAAUUGCAUAAAUAAAGCAGAUUCUGGCCUCACGCUGAGAGCAUAAUGUUUGGUCUGAUAUGUCAGCAAAUUUGCUUCUUGCAUGAGUGUAUGUAUGCACAAAUACUCUGAGAAGCCUCCUGUUUUUUCCUUCAGGUGUGGAAUUCAUGCAAAUUGCUCCAUGAAAGUGACUGCAGGUGGGGAUUUUGUACUGUGUAUGGUAGCCCUGGGAAUGGUUGUUCGCAAGUUUCCUUCUGAAAAAGGUGCUCUGAUUAAGCCAGCCUUGGUUGUUGUGAGUUUUUUGGGCCGUUUGGCUGUGUUCCGUGUCCAGAACAUGGCCAAACAUCCUGAAGAACCCACAACAAGCAUUGGAUCCUGGCCAUGAAAGCCUUCGAGAACACAUUAAGCCAGCCUUCUUCAGUUCAGUGUCGAGUCAGAUACACCGGAUGUGCACAAAUACUGGUCCUUGAGUAAGGGUGACUUAUCCUCUGCCUGCACAAAUGUUCUAAAAGCUGAGAAGAGAGGGAGUGUCCGGCAAAAGACCCUGGGAUAUCCCUAUUGUUGAGUAUCUUCCCUCGCUAUAUCUCUGUGCUGCUGUUUUCCUGAACAAUCAUCAGCUGGCAAUCAUUUGAGGUGGAGAGGACUAACGGGCUCUUCCUCCUCCUCCAAAGUAGUCUUGCACCAGCAAGCAGCAGAAGCCCCUGUGCCUCUCCUUGAGAACCCUAAAAGUAAGACUGUAGAUAUGGGUCUAGAUAUACAGGCAAAGCUUGAGUUUCUUAAUGGGAACUGGGAUGUUGCUGCUGUAAGUUUACUGUGGCAAAGGACAGGCUGUAUUUUAUUUUUAACUUGGUAAAUAGUUGUCUCUGUAAAUAGGUGAAUAACUUGCUGUAUGUUUUUAUGAGAAUAUUGUUUUGUAUAGCUGCUGGGACACUCAGCUGUAUGUAAGGCCAUGAUCUGAAGUAAUGCCUUCUUUUUAGUAACUGAAGAAAGAGACUGAAUAGGGUUCCUCUCGUGUAUGCUGUCUGAAACAGUGGUUUCUACAGAAGUCGGCUGUUCCUUCAGGACCUUUCUCUGCUUUGCUUUUAGGUUUUAUGGUUUGUUUUCUUUUUUGUUGUCUAAACUCUUACUGGAGUAUAUAUCUAUGAGAGAGUGGGUGGGAGGGAGUGAAAUGAACUGAAAAUGCAGGCAAGGAAUGCUUUACCUGCUAUUUUAAUUCCUUAUCUAACAAGGGGAGGUGUUCACUGCAGAAUGCAAUAAUGCUGAUAGUUUUUAUUUAACCAAACCCACAAGAGUAAAUCUUGCUAAUUGACUUUUGAGGUGGUUCUGGUCAAGAUUUAGAAAGAAUUCUGGUUAUAGCAAAAGGUCUAGUUUUGAGAUGUUUGAGUGAAAUAACCCACAACCAAUUGCAUAUGAGUUCACUUUUAUUGAAGCCAAUAGCAUUCAUGUGUAUGUCAUUUGUACCACUUCAAGUUACGACAUCUUGAACUAAGAUACUGUUUUAUUUUUAACUUGGUAAUUUUUUGCACCAUAAAUUUGGUCCAAAAAGAUUGUACUUUUAAUAUGCAAAUGUUGUUAGUUCUGUGUUUUCAAUUUCUCGUUGGACAAAAGCACACCAUUAGUCAUUGCCUUCUUGUAAUCCCCAAAGUUGCAUAAACCCUGUAACAGAUUUCAAAAUUGUUGCUUCCUAGUUCAGUUUCAAAUGCUGCACUAAUUCUUACCAAAAAAAGAGAGUUGGAACCAAAAUAUUCUGAUAAAAAAUAAUAUAUGACAAUGUUGUAAUAUUCUUACUUGCGAUUGUAAUGUAAACUCUCCUGGGGAAAA